AUGGCAGAAGCCAGUUCUGAUCAUGUAGACAACAGUACAGCUCAAAGAAAAGGACACCACCAGCAUGCACAUCAUGCUCACUUUGUUGAACCACAUAAAAAAGAUGAUCUGGAUGCUCAUGAUUCCAAAAUCCUGGUUGAACCGAUCAGUGAUGACAGUAUCAAUGUACGACUAGGCUUCCUUCAGAUCAGACACAUUUAUGAAGUACAUUUUGCCAUUGAGGAUAAUCUGGGAGAAGAUCUUACAUAUGACCCUUUGGAGAAUCUCCACGCAAAAAUUGAAUCAGCGUAUCCCACAGAUGAUGGAAAAGGACAUGAAUUUAUCCUGAGAUUUAAUGCUGCUAAGGAAAAGAUUAUGCAAGAAGUGGUCACAGUUCAGAGCAAAGAUGACAGUUCAAAGAAAAUGGUCCUAGUAUUCCAUGCCAGAGUUUUGGGUAAGGGAAAAGGGACUCCGUCACUGAAGCAAGGAAUUCACUGUGUCAGGGUGGACCGCGAUGAUGAAACAGAUGACAGCGACUGGCAAGGAUUUUGA